AUGCGUCGUCGGUUGUUGAUCGGUCGGUUCGGUCAGUUUGCGGAUGUGUGCGCGUAUGUAUGUGUUUGCUACACUGCUGCUGCUGCUGCUGCUGCUGCUGCUGAUGCUAUGCUGUUGAUGUUCAACCGGUCCCGGGAGGCGGCGCCGUAUGAUUACGUAGCUAGCGCGGCGCAACAACGUACGCAAACUAUCACCGCCAUCACGUCGCCGCCACCGACGCCGACGACGACGUCGACGAUGAGAUCACCUGAUGACAUAGGUGGCCGGCGCCGCCAUCAGCCAGCCAUCCGUCCGUCCGUCCAUGCGUCAAAGCCAGGCCGGCCGGGUAGGCGCCCCAUGCUGUGA